UUUUUAUCUGACAUUUUCAUCUCCUAUAUUUGCCGCGUUUUGGCGCUUUUUAGCAUUUUGAGCACUUGCCUGUGGAAACAAUAGCGCGUUAGCAAGUCACGCUCGGGUACAAACGCAAAGUUAGUUAUGUAUGUUGGUUCUAAAUGCUAGUAUUUUUUUUUUAUGUUUAUUAUAUGUAAAAACCGAUAUGCAUUUCAAUCUACAAUCCAAGGACAAGUUUUCACAUUGGUUUUUCGUGCUAUCCGUCCCCAUCGGUAGCUAACGGACGUUUAGAAAUGGGCCUGAUCCCAAAUUGAUAUCGACUCCCUACACAAGCGCACUCGCUCGAGUGUAAAAUCAUGGCCUUCGUAGCCUACGUAGUGCGCUAAGCGUGCGAUUUGGGAUUCGGAACCUGUACUAAAACGACGGUUUUAUUACGUAUUUCUUGUGAAUUUUAACUAAUAUCGCGUUUUAAAACGUUCAGCAAUAAAUUUAUAGCUCUUAAUUGACGUAACGACAUCUAUUGGUUAAAAAAAUAAAUACGAAGGAUUUAGAGUGUUUUUAUGACAUACCUUUGCUAGCAGCGUCUUGUAAUGCUAGUGCACUGCUGAAAAAACCAUAACGAUAGAAACCCAUAUAUAAUUUGUAAUGGUUUUAAUGGGAAUUGUACUGGUUUUAAUGCAAACUGGAAUGGUUGCCUUCUAUUGGAGGCAUGUUCUGUCUAGUGGAAAACCGUUAAGGACCGGCAAUGGUUUUAAUGCAAACUGUAAUGGUUGCCUUCUAUUGGUGGCAUGUUUUGUCUAGUGGAUACCGUUAAGGAUCAGUGAUGGUUUUAAUAGUUAGCUGAUGGGUUUGUAAUGGUAUUUAUAGUGGAAACCAUUUAGAAUUUCUGUGAUUGCUUCUCUUUAUUGAUUUUAUUUUCACCAGGGUGCUAAUGUGCUACACCUGCACGAUUUUUCCAGUCGUUUUCCAGAACAUUCCCUUAGACGUUUCAUGGAAUGAAUUAUUCCCAGACUUGUAUUGGAAACAAUGUCGUAUCUCUCCGGAUACAGGACAGAUGCGGCGUCGAAUCUGUUGAAGACGUUCCAGAUUAUUCUCCGACGAACACAGCGUCUCAUAAUAGACGUCACGUUUCGUGCAGCAGUUAAGGAUCUUCAAAAGAAACGUCUAAGAAACCUGAACAAUGGGAAGUCUAUACAAGCAACCUGAAGUCCUGAAAAAUGGAAGGAAUUGAGCCGGGGCUUCCCGUUUAAAGCACUGCAGUCACCAGACAUCGGAUUAGCGAAGUGAGACUAAUCACUCCAGCUAAGCAAACCGUUGUUGCCGGCAGCCACUGAUCCGAUCGGAACGGGGGGAAAAGUCACCGAAUCAGGAAGUAAAAUGGUGCAGAACAAGAUCGCAGCCGUAACCGGAUUCCACCGCUCUUUCAAGGGCCAAAAUCCUUUCGAAACGGACGAAUUCUCCAAAACCGGAUCCCACCUUCUUGAUCCCGCCUUCAAUUUUGAUUGCUCCACUCGCCCCGACAUGCCUGCCAGCCAGCCGAUCGACAUCCCAGACGCCAAGAAGCGAAACAAGAAGAAAAAGAGGUGCCGGGCGACGGACAGCUUCUCGGGACGGUUUGAGGAUGUCUAUAAGCUGCAGGACGAAGUGUUGGGAGAGGGCGCUUACGCAAAAGUGCAAACGUGCAUCAGCCAGAUCACGCAGAAGGAAUACGCCGUGAAGAUCAUAGAGAAGAGACCGGGACAUAGCCGAAGUCGCGUGUUCAGGGAGGUGGAGAUGCUGUAUCAGUGCCAGGGCCACAGAAACAUCCUGGAGCUUGUGGAGUUUUUCGAGGAGGAGGAUAAGUUCUACCUGGUGUUUGAGAAGCUGAGGGGAGGCUCUGUCUUGACCCACAUUCACAGAAGGAGACACUUCAGCGAACAGGAAGCGAGCAUUGUGGUGCAGGACAUCGCAAGCGCUCUGGACUUUCUGCACAACAAAGGGAUGGCCCAUAGAGACCUCAAGCCUGAAAACAUCUUAUGUGAACAUCAAGACAGGAUUUCCCCCGUGAAAAUCUGCGAUUUCGACCUGGGCAGUGGAAUCAAGCUGAACAGCGACAGCUCUCCCAUCUCUACCCCAGAGCUCCUCACACCGUGUGGUUCUGCUGAAUACAUGGCGCCCGAGGUGGUGGAGGCGUUCAACGAGGAAGCCACCAUCUACGAUAAACGCUGCGACCUGUGGAGCCUGGGCGUCAUCCUGUACAUCAUGCUAAGUGGCUAUCCUCCCUUCGUGGGCCGCUGUGGAAGCGACUGCGGCUGGGAGAACGGGGAGCCUUGUCACGCCUGCCAAAACACACUGUUCGAGAGUAUCCAGGAGGGCAAAUACGAGUUUCCCGAGAAAGAGUGGGCUCAUAUUUCCUGGAGUGCCAAAGACCUCAUCUCCAGACUGUUGGUCCGGGACGCAAAGAACCGGCUCAGCGCCGCUCAGGUUCUGCAGCACCCAUGGGUGCAAGGGGGUGCUCCUGAUUCUAUCCCAGCCUCCAUCCUGCUUCAAAGGAACAGCAGCACCAAGGACCUAACGUUCUUCGCCGGACAGGCGAUGGCUGUGAACCGGCAGCUCGCAGAGCAGGACGUCCUGGAAGCUCAGCUGCAGGAAGAGGCGUCUCCUCAGGUGGUGACGGCGGGCGCGUGCUCUAUGCGUCUCUCGCCGCCAUCCAAUUCCAAACUGGCCAAACGGAGGCAGAGGAGCAGCGCCAUGAAGGGGGCGCCGGUGUCCGCCGCCGAGCUCAGCCAGCUCCUCGCUCCGCUUGUCCUUAUCGGAGACUGCGCCUGAGAGCCGUUUCAGUUCCGCUCAACCUGCUGGACAGUCAGUGAGGGGAAGUUAAAUAUAUAUAUAUAUAUA